AUGUACUACAUUUCCCAUCAGCCACUGCGUGACGCUGAGUCGUAAAGCGAAGAAGAGUGACGAAGCUCUGCGGUAGCUAAAGAUGGCGAAGAGUAAAGUCGAUGAGGAAGAGUACUGGCACAGCUCCAAGUUCACGGCUUUCACAUUUGAUGAUGAAGAUGAGGUCAGCAGGCUGGCAGAGUCAAAACGAGCUGUGAACAGCAUCCGACGUCUGGUGGAGGAAGAUGAUGAUGAAGAUGAUGUGGAAAAGGUCAGCUGGAGCGGAGAACCAGUGGGAAGUAUCUCCUGGUCUGUCAGAGAGACAGCGGCGUCCAACCAACAGAUGGCAUCAGACACCAGCGAGACAACGCCCACCCGCAUCAGCACGACUGUGCCCGUACUACAAAAGUCCAACUCUGGCUACUCGCUCAGCUCUCUGUUCAAAGGAAAAAGUAAAGCAGGAAGUUUCCAGACUCUGUCAGACUCAUUCAGUGACUCAUCUGUGAGACUCUAUGCUCCAGAACUCAGAAAACCCAAAUCUGAGUCCAAGGAUCAUCUGAGUGACUGGUCAGCUGAGGAGACUGUCCAGAGAAUGCAGCAAGGAAAGGUGGUGUGUCUGGAGAAGUUUCGCUCUCUGCAGGAUAAAAUGAACCUUCUUGAUCUCGCUGUGACUGCUUACGAUGGAAACGUCAUCAUAGCCGUGUUGAUCUUUUUAAAGAGGACACUUAGUAAAGAGAUUCUGUUUCGAGAACUGGCAUCAAGACAGACAGCACUGAGACAUUUUGUCCACUACCUGACAGAAACCAAAGACCAAAGACUGCUACUGGAGCUACUCAGGUCUCUGGGUAGGACAGAGGACAUGGCACGACUUCAGUAUAAAGAACACCUGGGCAUAGCAGAUAUAAACAAGAGGCGAGAUUUUCUGAAGAGCUGCCUCAGUCUUCCAUUUGUCCCUGAAGAUGGCACUCAUGUCCAGGAUCACUACACUCUGCUGGAGAGGCAGAUCAUAAUCGAGGCAGCUGAUCACCAGGCGGAGCAAGGAGGAAAAGUGGAAAUAUUCCAAAAGUUUCCCAGACGAGCUUCAAUCCUCAACAUGCCACUGAUCACUACACUGUACUACUGCUGUUUCUACCACUACAAUGAGUCUGAGGGAACCUUCAGCAGUCCGGCUAACAUCCGUCAGACCUUCAGGAUAUCAGAGAAGCAGUAUUUUGUUACGGCGUUAGCAGCACGGGCAAAGUUGAAGGCGUGGCCAGAUGUAGACGCUCUGUUUACCAGCAGGAACUGGCUCGGCUUCACCAGGAAGAAAUCUCCGCUUAGCUUCCAGCGGGUUGUUGACAUUCUGCAGAAGAACAACGCCCCCAUGCAGGUGCUGCAAGACUAUGUGGCUCUAGUUGUUGAUCCGGAGCUGAGGACCAGUCUGGCUCAGAAACAUAAAUGUCACAACAUCGUCAUCAAUACAUACAGAGACCUGAAGGACCGCCAGCUGUUGCUGGCGUACCGAGGAAAGGUGGAGAGAGGGUCACCGGAGGAGAAGAAGAUCGAUGAGCUGCUCAACAAUUCGCAAAUCCGAUGGAGGAACUGAUGGCUGUGCUUUAAGAUGACAUUUCAAAAGUCUCCAUCACUGCUACAUCAAUGAAACGGCUGGAAUCACUUGCCAUGCAAUUGGCCAGGGAGCGAGUGGGUGGAGCUAAUCCUGCUGAGUC